GGACCCUCUCCAAUCCGUUUCUACUUGCUACUAUCGAUUUCAGUGGUAUCUGAUGUUCCACCCAUCGAGUGGGCACUUCCUGAAAUGGCUGCAAAUGCCUCUGGCGCAACAUCGCCACCUCCCCCGUCGUCUCCUUCACGUUCGAGACUUCGUUGGCGAGGUGUAGAUGCGUGUCUGCAGUGGUCCAACACGUACUAUACAUGGCGCGUGGCAGCUACGUCCCUUCUCUCUGUAGGAUCUCUUCUGCUGCUCUUCUUCACAAGUUCCCAGGGCGUCGUCCUCGACAUUUGGCUCGGACUGCAAGCGCUGAACGUGUCACUAGGGUUGGCGGCACUGCCCUCCGUGUCUCUCUAUCGCGUACGCGAGGUCGACGCCCCAAAUGCCGAGGAAUCCGCGACGGCGACUACGAGCGAACAGCUGCUGGGCACUCGGACUGUGAGCUCCUUCUCGCUAUCUCGCUCCGCUUUUGACGCCCCUGGAGUGACAUUAGAACGCACACUGACGCUGGCCAUCUUUGAGGCUAUUGUGGUGAUACAAACGGUGUCGCUCACGUGGAUUGUAGUGCUGAUGUUAGGCGUGUACUGGGCCUUCGGAGAGCUCACAGAAGAAGGCGUAUGGGCCAUUUGGACGGACCCCGUGUCGUACGUCACGCUUCUUGCCAUCCUUACUAUUGCACUACACACACAGCAAUUCGACAAGCUUCGUGCACACCAACAACUGCAGCUUGGAGCGGGUCUGGAGGAGGAUGAAUUGAUGGCAGUGGCGCCGACGGCUCUAGCGGGAGCAACUGGCAGCACAUCAAGCGACACAGAGGCUACAGGUGACAAGAAUCCCACUGCAAGUGGCGUGAAUACACCGAUCUUGCAGUCGAACCACGUCGAUUCGUACUUAACGCUGAACCAGGAGCUGCAUCCGUGGGCGACGACGCAGAAUACAGUCCGGACGGUGGAGCGACAGCUGCGAGGCGCGCUUUAUAAUGCUGCUGCGAGUGGAAAUUGCGCAGCAGUGGAGAAGUUGCUGGAGCGUGCAGAGCAUGUGCUUGGGUCCAAGGUGCAGCUGGACAUGCUGCUUAACCGCAUGUACACCACGCCCUCCCUGUUUUGCUGGAUGUUCUCGCAUCGGACGCACAACCCACUGCACGUAGCAUGUCGAGCGGGAGACGUUCGCGUUGUCUCGGUGUUGCUUGAAGCAGGUCUGAACCCCAAUUUCCUUGACAAAAUCUCGGGCGCGACGUUCAAUUUAGAGCUGAUGUACGAACUGUGUCAACUUCGAGUAAAGAAAGUGACGCAUGUAUUGGGAUCGCCGCUGCAUGUGGCCGCAUUACACGGCCAUACGCAGGUAAUCGAUCUCCUGGUGAAGUUCGGCGCCAACCUAGACAUCCUGGCUCGCUCUAGCUUCUUCUCGCGCUCCAUGCGCGUCACGCCAAUCUUCUUGGCGGAUUCAGCUGAUGUCGUGGAGUGCCUCAUUCGACACCGAGCCAAUAUCCUGUUGGUGCCGGGAGGUGGCAAUGCCGCAAGCACGACGGUCCUCCAACGCGCGCAGCUCUCUGGUCGUCGAGAACUAGCUACUGUGUUAGAGGAAUGGGGCGCUGACGUCGCGCUGACUCCGCUGCACGAGGCUGCCGCUGCUGGAAAUCUUGCUGCGGUCCAGCAUUUAUUGUCGUGGGGGAUUAGCGCCGACAUCCUGGGCGAGUUCCAGCGCGGAGCGCACAGCCGUACGCCAUUACACUGGGCAGCUGUGAUGGGAAGACAUCGUGUGAUUAGUGAACUGGUGAAACGCGGAGCUGAUGUCAAUGCAAAGGACAGUCAUGGACGGACACCACUGCACUGGGCUGCUCGACAUAACUAUGCUGGUGCAGUCGAAGAGCUUCUUGCAGUUGAUGUAGACUUUUUGCAGCUAGAUCAUGAUGGAAUGACACCUCUGGCCUUUGCUGUCGAUGGCGGACUACUGCGAGGUGAUUGCGUGGAGCUCUUCGUCCGAUUUGGGGUCGAUGUCGACGCUCUCGUUCCCAACGAGAUAGAUGAGACCCCUCUCCAUAUCGCGUUGCGACUUGGAUACAAAGAGACUGCGCUAGCUCUGCUUGUCGAAGGUAAAGCUGACCUGUACGCGCUGAAUGGAGAAGGACGUCGUGCUGUAGAGUGCUGCGCGUCGGCUGAGCUGCAGUACGCAGUCAAAGUCGCGGGUGGCUGUGUCGACGUUGUGCUUUCGUUUGAUCCGGUGUUUCGUGCGUUCGCCGAGCGUGUGCGUGCUGGGAUUGAGCAGAAUUUUAUGACGGUGUACAUGCGGAGCGAAGAAGAAGAUACGGCUGGGCGACUGGGAGGCGGCGCGUCUGAAGAAUCUCUGGAGGUGAUGAAGCAUGCUUCUGCCAUCGUCUGCAUGCUCAGUGAUGGCUACGCGCAGAGUGUGUUGUGCAUGGAUGAACUGGCAUUUGCCAAGCAGCACGAGGUUCCUGUGGUGCCGAUUUCGUGCGAAUCCGUUAAAAUGUCCGAGGAACUGCAGCUGUUUGUGUUCACGCGACAGAUCGUUCCAUUCGGCCAGGCCGUGACGUCGCAUCACUUCAAGACGGCGGAGUCCAGUGAAGACGGCUCCACUGUAUCAGACACGUCAACUGUAGACCAUAUCGAGUUUGAGAUUGACGAAGAUAAGUUCCAGGCCAGUCUCCGAAGUCUCAUCGAUGGACUGCGGGACGAGGUUGAGAUGCAUCGACUUGAAGGCGAUAGAGAUCUCGCUCAAACAACGCUGAGCAAGCACCAACCUUUGGGUCGAGCUGCUACUUUAAGACGCCGAGGGAUGGACGAGAUUGUGAACGCAGUGAUCGUUCGCGGAAGUGGGAGGAGAAACACGUUUGGAGGAGGACCAACCUUUUCGAUCUUUGUGUCUCACGGGGACUGCCAUCGCGACUUCGUAACGCGUUUGUGCACUGAGCUUCGGCGUCACCAGUUCCCGUUCGUGGUCGAUUCCAUGACCAAUGUAUCGAGCACUAAGGAGCGCAUUUUGGCGGCAAAGGAUGCGAUCUUACAGAGCUCCGUGUUUCUCGUGGUGUUAUCGGAGCGCAGUGUCAAGACUGAACUGGUUAGUGACCAGUUGGCGUUUGCUGAAGACAAAGGUAAAACAAUUGUACCAAUUUAUUUUUCCAAGAGACCUCGCGGCGUGGACUCUUCCUUGGGCAGACUGUUCGAGAGAGAAGGUCGAGCGUACAUUUUCUCCAGCGACAUUAGUUAUGGGCGUGGGUUUGAAGAACUACUGCAUGAUCUACGCGCAGGAGACAGUGACGAGGGCCGUCCUAGCGGGGCUGGUGUGUCGCUGCUGUCAAGUCCUGUUGCCCAAGCAGCAGCGCGACGAUUGUUGCAGAACUCAAGGCUGUUCAACGGAUCAAGCCGCAAAGCACCCCCACGUGCCAGUGUGGGUUGAUAGAGUUCAAGCAUACGUGAGAUGACAAAAAUGCAAGUAUUUAUUAGGACCGUUCUAUUGUCGUUUUAGUGUCUUCAAUCAAUUGUUUCGUUCCGACC